CUAAGUAACAAUAAAAUAAUCCAUUAUGUUGGAUAAAUUGAGAAGAUAAAUAUUUUAAAACUUCGGAAAUAUUUUGUUGUUUUUUUGUUACUAAGAAGUAAAAAAAUGAAAUUUAGGAAUUCAAUGAGAUAUUGAUAAACAUAUUCAGGUUUCAUAUCGAUUUUUUACAAGAUUUGAAAUAUUUUUUGCUAUUACGACACGCCAAGUUUUUGUAAACAGUAGAGCGAAAACAAAAAAUGUUGUACCAUCUAGUGUUGCUUAUGAUUUUUCUUUUAAAUGAAAUUCGUGCACACGCAAAUGUCAAGGUGGUUGAGCUUCUAAACAACGUAACAUUGACAGCGACAUACGCAAGUUUUAAAAAACAUGAGAAUGUCACAAUUUAUGGAGUUGAAAUUAAAGUUUUAAAUGUACAAACGAAAGUUCAAUGUGCAUCUCAAUGCAUCAAAACAGAAGAAUGUAACACCUUUGCUAUACGCAAGAAUACACCACCACCAUUUUAUUGUGGAUUGUUCACAGGAAAUCUUGAUACCAAUCAUUACUACGCCAUGGAUGAUAAUGAAUUUGAUGUUUAUGAAACACAGAACAUGUGUACAUUAAAUCCAUUGAUAUGUGAACACGGAAGUGUGUGUAUUCCAAACUUCAACAACAACACCUACUAUUGCAAAUGGUGUUUUCCACCCUACCAUGGUAAACAUUGCAAUGUGACAGCUGAAACGGUGAACAAAGAAGCCAUACCAGAAGACAUUCGAACAGGAAAAAACGCAUCUUGCCGGAGUUUGAAAAAAUAUUUUGGCCCACAGAAAACGUUUGUUCCAGUAGUCACGUACCCUUGGCGCGAUAACAGGAAACUUGUCGUAAUUUGCCACUCAGAUGGUUCCACACAAAUAAGCAAAAUAUAUAUAAACCAACAUGGGCCCCUCUAUGACCGCGUUUCAACCCUCACGAAGCUUUCAGAUAUGAAAACUUCAGCUUAUAGAAUCAGCACAACAGCCUUAAACAUGCUUUAUAAACUCAUUCGUUUUAAACGUAUUCAAUUUGUUUGCCGUGGCAGUGGAACUUCGCAAGGAUUUAUGACAUCGUCCAUUCCUUCCACAAAUGUAGUAAGUAUGUUAAAGUAUUUCAUAGGUGAAUCAAACGAUUUACCAGAUUCGUGUGGGACGUUUAAAUGGGGCGAACGUUGCGAAAUUAUGAAAAAUCAAAAAUGGUCGAAGGAAGGCAUCCCAUAUGAAACAAGAAUAUACAAUGAGAUUUUUCGGCUUGAUUCAAAUGUGACAGAAGGUUUUAGUAUGGCUGAUCAUAAAUAUGGAUGCCUUAAUGAGUUUGGAGCAUACAAAGCCGGUGAAAGUUAUGCUCUUUGGGUUUAUUAAAUGAAAGUAUAUGCCAAAAGUUAACGUUAAUAUUAUUUCGUGUUUUUCAUCACACAAAUACAUACCUAUCGCUAAUAUUUCCAAUGCAAUAAAGUUAAUGUACAAAUUUAUCUCCGGCUUUGGUAAAAAUUGGUAAAAAAAUUCAUUUUGCAUUGUGCUUCGGUAAAUCUGAAACGACAGGCGUACAGCUAUUUAAUGUCACAACCUGCUAACCGCAUAUAAAUAUCGCCACAAGCCUUAAAUCAUUGGAAUUUGAUUGUACUCUGUACAGUUGGGUUACUUGCUGUUAGCGCCAGUUUGAUAGACUAAGUUCUGGUGCACUUUGACAUACGUUCAAGUUGAGCGCUCAGAUAAAAGUAUGACAUGGAAAGGUGAAGCGUGACUUUUGGCAAAAUCAUGAAAGUACUGUUCCAAAAUACACAUAGGCUGCCUUGCAGCAUCAUGGUAAAAACAGUUACGCGUAGCAAAUUCUGUGGAAUUAGUUUUAGAGAAAGUUAUAAAAUUAUUCUUCUGGUUCACUAAACGCUAUUGUUGCAAAAUUGUUUUUGAGCCAGUAAUAAACUCUGUAAAGGUAGUACAGCUUUGAGAUUGAAUUAUGUAUACCAUAUGUCUUAAUAAAUCAAAAAACUUUAGACCUUUCUCUAAAUUAGUAAUACAAUUAAAGCUGCAACUAACAUUUACAGCAACAAGAACUGCACUCGGUUUGAAACCAUACAUAAAGAAGAAACAUUUUAGUGUGCGAGUUCAAAUCCAAAUAUUAAUAAAUCAUUAAUAAGCUGUGUUUUUAGUUGCGUCACUUCUAUGUUCGUAAAUUCUGUAUUUGAGGAAGGGGGGAUAAAAUUCAAACGAAAUGUUCAAAAAAGGUAAUUAGAACAGAAAGUCUAUUCAAGAAUAAACCCAAACUCUGACAUGUUGAUUAAAAUUUUUAAGAAGUUUUUGUGUAGGAUUAGGUCGUGAAAGUUUCUGCACCUUUUAAAAUUAUGUCAAUCAUUGUUUUCACUCCGGACGAAAGCUUUACUGGUUAAAAAUGCUUCGUAUUGUUAUUAUCAACUUUUUAGACUGUAAAGUAUAUCCUUGUUAUAUAACUCGUGCAUAUAUUAAGUACAGGCUCAUAAAAAAGGGAAAAAUUUUCCUUUUCGGCAGUGCCUAACAUUGCAAAUCUUGCGACAACGAAAUCAAGCUCAGUGGAAAAAGAUUGUCGCGGU